AUGGUCCACCGAGACCUCAAACCUGACAACAUCUUGGUGGACAACUCGGGGCAGAGACCAAUUGCCAAGAUUGCGGAUUUCGGCAUUACCCGUGUCUGUGAGUUGAGCGGGUUUGACAUCAACAGUUACUACAUGCAGACUGCGAUCGGCACAAGGCUGUACAUGUCACCAGAAAUCGUCGGACCACUGUUGGCACAACGACCUGAUCAGGUGACAUACACCGCCAAGACGGAUGUCUUCGCCUUGGGCCUGAUCAUAGCCGCCAUCUUGGAUCGGACGACAGUUCCCUCCAACCCGGGAAAAGUUACGCCAUUUAUUCCGGAUCCCGCCAAUGGACAACCCACGCCUGUAGCUGACGUCAUGGUCACACAUCCGGGAUACCCGGCGGCAGACAUGCUGAUGACGAGUGAACCACCAGGGUCUUCCGUUAAGACCCUGGUCCUAUCCAUGCUGGCAGCUGAUCCUCACCAGAGACCAACAUCAGAACAGGUCCUCGGCAGCUUCAGAAAGAUCACUGGCUCUUCUGACGGGUGA